AUGACCGGAACUCAGCCCAUCCCCGCCGGCAAGACGCUUAUGGACGUCCUUAAGCGCUCUUUCACCGAUGUCCCUAUCGAUGCCGCCAACGGAAAUGCCAUCUCUACCUCCGAGUUCCUCGAGGCCGCCGAGGCCUUGACCUACAUGUUCGACGUCCUCGGAUCCGUCGCCUUUUCUCCCGUCAAGAACGACAUGCUUCACAACGUCAAGAAGAUCCGAGAUCGCCAGCUUGCCGCCCCCGGAGAAUCCGAGAACAUCCAAGAUCUCUGCCGCAAUGAGCUCAAGGCCAAGAAGCACACCGCCACCGAAGGUCUCCUCUGGCUGGUCCGAGGCCUCGACUUCACCUGCCGCGCCCUCAUCUUCAGCCUCAAGAACCCCAACCAAGAACUCGCCGACUCCUUCCGCACCUCCUACACCGAAACCCUCAAGCCCUUCCACUCCUUCCUCGUCAAACCCAUCUUCAGCGCCGCCAUGGCCGCGUGUCCCUACCGCAAGGAUUUCUACAGCAAGAUGGGUGAUGAUCCUGCCAAGGUCGAGGAGGAUCUCAAGGCUUAUCUUGAUGCUUUGGAGAAGAUUGUUGAGAUCCUCCAGGCUUUCUUGGCUAGCAAGGAGGCUAAGUGGUAG